AUGACAAUCAUAGAGAAUAUUAAUAAACGGUUUGGUUCAUUUGACUAUUUUGAUGUUAUCUACCAGUCAGGUGGUUUUUAUUCUAAAAAAGAUCUUCGCUUGGCCAGUCGAUAUUCGCCCAUCAUGACUUGGGAACAUGAAUGUUGGGGUUAUCGUUGUCUUCCAUCUGUGAUUGAUGAAAAUACAACGAUUCUAAUGCAGGGAUAUGCAUACGAAAUGGACUUAUAUCAUAUGUCUUUCUCUUACAAUCGUGUAAUUGCCCAUAUACCAAUAUGUGCUGAACCAGCUGUCUUUUAUCCACCUGUGGCAUUGAACAGUGAUAAGCCUCCUGUUAGAGAUAUCGAUUUUCUUGUGGUUGGAGCUCGCGACAAUUUGAUUUAUCCACUUCGGAUACGCCUUGGUCAAAUGGUCAAAAAUGGAUUGAUAAAAAAUAGCUAUCUGCACAAGCAUCCGGGUUAUUUUGUCGAGAACCGUUCAGUAGAACAGAGUGAAUCGCAGGUUCAUGAUUAUGCAGCACUUCUUCGUCGAGCAAAAAUAGUUGUCGUCGAUUCAUCUCGAUAUCGUUAUGCAAUUAAUAAAUAUAGUGAAGUAGCACUUAGUGGUUGUCUUAUAGUCGGAGAUAUUCCAUUCGAACGUGAAGAAGAAUUCCGUCGAUAUGUCGUUCAAAUAUCAAUGAAUAUGACUGAUGGAGAAAUUCUAUCUAUUAUUGAGUAUUGGAUAAAAAAUGAACAUGAACGUGAAGAGAAAGCUGCAUUGGGACAAAAGAUUGUUCUUAAUUCGUACACGUGGGAUCACAAUAUUGAUCUAUCAUUACAAGCCUUAAUCAACUAUCGACGUGGUGAAUUUGGAAUCUAUCAUAACUAUCCAUAUACAAUGAAAUGCGUUCCUAUUGAUAAUACAUUCAAGGAUCGAGAAACUGCUACAAAAUGGUGUUCGGAAGGAUUGAUAGGUAUGCCACUUCGUUCUUUAUGUGAAUGUAAUUUAACCCAUAUGAACUACAUAAAUGAUGAACCAGAUUUGGAUAAUUGGAGUGGACUAGGAGUUGAUGUGAACUCAACAAAUCCUAGAAUAUACUUAAUACCGACUAGUCUUAUAACUUUUUGCGCGUCUUAUAAAUUUAUUAAUGCCUUUGCCAGCCAGGUACCAACAGGCAGUGCCUGUAAUUGUGAACAUGCUGAUGCAUCAUGGCGAGAUUCAAAUAUUUGCUACAUUUCAAACACGGCUUUAACUAUUUCUCGAUAUUUAGCUUAUCUAUAUACUCAUAAUAAUAAAAUUUAUCAUUGA